CCAGGAGGCGGGCCCUCCAACAGCCUGCGGCUGAGCCGGGAGGGCUGGGUGGCGAAGUACAGCCCCGGUUCUCCGCUUUUUUCCGCCCGCGAGGGGACGCAGCUCCCGGAAAGUGAAUUAUACUUCAACAUACUCUAAAUUGUAUGCUACUGAUGGGAACUGUUAAAGUUUAUAAUGUCAGAAACUUUCCUUAGACCAAAGGUGUCUUCCACAAAGGUGACAGACUGGGUAGCUCCAGCCUUUGAUGACUUUGAGGCCAACACCGCCAUCACCACCAUCACUGCGUCAUCUUUAACUUUCAGUAACUCCAGUCACAGAAGAAAAUAUUUGCCCUCCACAUUAGAAAGUAACAGAUUGUCGGCUAGAAAAAGAGGAAGGCUCUCUUUAGAACAGACUCAUGGUCUAGAAACUUCAAGAGAGCGUCUGUCCGACAAUGAGCCGUGGGUGGAUAAAUAUAAACCAGAAACUCAGCAUGAACUUGCUGUUCAUAAAAAGAAAAUUGAAGAGGUCGAAACCUGGUUAAAAGCUCAAGUCUUAGAAGUGAAGCCAAAACAGGAUUUUGGAUGCAGAGAGGAGAAGAAUCAGGGUGUUGUUCUGUCUGACCAGGCGUUCUGCCAGAAGCUUCACACCCAGCCCCAGCUCAUGAGUGCCAGGACUCUAACUUGGGUUCAUGCUUAUGAAGCAAACAUUUUUCUGAUGGAGCCAUAUCUCCAGCUCCUACAGUCGAAUUUUUUUUUAAAGAUUUAUUUAUUUAUUAUAUGGUGGGUCUGUUUUAUUAAUAACAGGUCCUCCAGGAUGUGGAAAGACAACUACUAUAAAAAUACUGUCAAAGGAACUUGGGAUCCAAGUACAAGAAUGGGUUAAUCCUAUUUUACCAGACUUCCAAAAAGAUGAUUACAAGGAGUUACUUAGUUUAGAAUCAAACUUCUCUGUAGUUCCAUACCAAUCUCAGAUAGCAGUCUUCAAUGACUUUCUAUUAAGAGCCACCAAGUACAGCAAACUGCAGAUGCUUGGAGACGAUCUGACAACUGAUAAGAAGAUCAUUCUGGUGGAAGAGUUACCUAACCAGUUUUAUCGAGACCCUAACGCUUUACAUGAGAUUCUAAGAAAGCAUGUGCAGAUUGGCCGGUGUCCUCUUGUAUUUAUAGUCUCUGACAGUGUCAGUGGAGACAAUAAUCAGCGGCUACUCUUCCCCAGAAACAUUCAAGAAGAGUGUUCUGUUUCAAACAUUAGUUUCAACCCUGUGGCACCAACAAUUAUGAUGAAAUUUCUUAAUCGAAUUGUGACUAUAGAAGCUAGUAAGAAUGGAGAAAAAAUUAUUGUUCCUAAUAAAACUUCUCUGGAGUUGCUCUGUCAAGGAUGUUCUGGUGAUAUCAGAAGUGCAAUAAACAGCCUGCAGUUCUCGUCUUCAAAAGGAGAGAACAGUUCGUGGUCAAAGAAGAAAAGAAUGUCAUUGAAAUCGGAUGCUGCCAUAUCAAAAUCAAAACAAAAAAAGAAACAUAAUAGUACUUUGGAAAAUCAAGAGAUUCAAGCUAUUGGUGGAAAAGAUGUUUCUCUUUUUCUCUUCAGAGCUUUGGGGAAGAUUCUGUACUGUAAAAGAGCGCCUUUAACAGAGUUAGACUCACCUCGCCUGCCUGCUCACUUGUCAGAGCACGACCGGGACACUUUACUUGUUCAGCCUGAGGAAAUAGUAGAAAUGUCACACAUGCCAGGAGACUUUUUUAAUUUAUACCUUCACCAAAACUACAUAGAUUUCUUCGCUGAAGUAGAUGAUCUUGUGCCAGCCAGUGAGUUUCUGAGUUUUGCAGAUAUCCUCGGUGGUGAUUGGAAUACACGCUCGUUACUCAGGGAAUAUAGUACAUCCGUAGCUACAAGAGGUGUGAUGCAUUCCAACAAAGCCCGGGGGUUCGCUCACUGCCAAGGAGGAUCAAGCUUUCGACCCUUACAUAAGCCCCAGUGGUUUCUAAUACAGAAAAAGUAUCGGGAAAAUUGCCUGGCAGCAAAAGCACUCUUUGUUGACUUCUGCCUACCAGCUUUGUGUCUCCAGACUCAGCUCUUGCCAUAUCUUGCUCUUCUGACCAUUCCAAUGCGAAAUAAAGCUCAGAUUUCUUUUAUCCAAGAUGUUGGAAGACUUCCUUUGAAGCGAAGCUUUGGAAGGUUGAAAAUGGAAGCCCUGACUGACCGAGAGCUGGGGCUGAUAGACCCUGACAGUGGGGAUGAGUCCCCGCACAGCGGAGGGCAGCCGGCUCAGGAAGCUCCCGGUGAACCCGCGCAGGCUGCUCAGAAUGCCGACCCAGAGACCUGGUCCCUUCCGCUGAGUCAGAACAGCGGGAGCGAUCUGCCUGCCAGCCAGCCUCAGCCCUUUUCCUCCAAAGUGGACAUGGAAGAAGAGGAGGAGGAAGAGGAAGACAUAAUAAUAGAGGACUAUGACAGCGAGGAGACAUAGAGAACAGCCUGCCAAUCAGGUUGCUCCUUGAGAGAUAAAUUUUAGUCUAUUCAGUGGUACUUGAACACGUCUCUGAAGGACAAGCAAUUUGUUAAUUGCUCAGUUCCUUAUCGUAUUCGUCACAGCAACUGACGACUGUCAUCUUGAAGUAAAGCAGGUCUCAAGUACUCAGUGCUUAGUAUUUAUUUAGUCUUGUGAAUGGUUUGAGGAGAAGUCACGGUGUGAAGUGUAUGAAUGUUGUACUAAAUAUCAAAAUGUGAAGGAGUAAUCCAGAAUAUACGGACUUUAUGGGGUGUUGGAAAUUUGAUUUAUAAAACAGUUUAGGAUGCAAUUAUGAGUAUAAAUAAACCUUGUGCCUUACUUACAGUUUGCAUCUAGCUUUUCGGAUACCAUUUUUGGUAUGUUGUACAGUGGAAUAUUUUAGAUACUUCUGGAAAGUAUUUACAUAAUUUAUAUCAAAAUUAAAAACGUUGGAUUUCA